AUGAAGCUGAACGAGACCAGGAAGGUCUUGGUGAAGAUUGAGGCAUUAGACGACCACAAAAAGUGGGUGCUGGCAGUUGAGAGCAGAAGAGUCGAUCGUGUGGCUGCUCUGGUUCAGGCUGGAAGGGGAAAGAAGCUUGGUGUGAAAGGACUCAUCGCCCAAUACGAACAAGCGGCGAGGAAGCUCUACAAACUGAAGGGUUUUACGAGAGAAGAGAUCAUGAUGUCGAUUGUUCUCCUUCGGAUUGGUGGUAACCGUGUGGGAUCCUUCGCCCAUUUGGCUAUGUCACUCCCUAGUGUCACAACCGCAAGGAGGAACGCACUGCUCCGGCCCAUCUCAGUGUCGGCCUCGCACCCCACUGUAUCGGAGAUUGAGGAAAAUAUAAAGUCAUGCUUUGCGCCGCUCGAGGAAGUUCUGGAUGCCUUGCCUGCAGGAACAAUCAAACAUCAGGUGUUGAUGCUCGACGAAAUUGCAAUUGAGAAGAGGCCACGAUGGGACGACAAAACUAAUUUGAUAUUGGGGUUGUGUCGUGAACAUAGCCAUAAGGUUUCACUCAACUUUUCAACGGACAAGGAAUUAGACGUCCUUUGUGACAGUAUUGAUAAUGGACGCGUUCAUUUUGCAAGUGAGGCAACAUUUGGUGCAUUAGGAACACUUUCCGAUGAUCCUCACGAGUACAGCAUCCGUCUGUGUGUGAUAUCUGGCCUCUGUAAGAAGGAAACAGGAGCACAACAUGCUCAUUUUAUCUGCACAGUCAUGCAAGCCGUGACUAAUCAAAGCCUGGUCCACAGGGUGAAAUACCGAACUGUUUCGAUCGCAUCGGAUGGAGAGUCAAAGCGUGGGGAUGUCUUGGUCGAGCUGACCAUGCGUCAGGAACUCAAUCCCUCAUCACCAAUUUAUCUUCAACUGAAGCCGCUCGCUCUAAUGAAUCUCCUUGUGGGUGAAGAUGACAUCACGGCAGACAAGGACUUUAAGCAUGUCUUCAAAUGUCAGCGAAAUCUUUUACUGCGCAACAAAGGAUUUGUCAUUCGAGGAUUUUGCAUUACCACUUCCAUCCUUUGCCUUCAUCUACAGUCGAACAAUGUCUCCUUGGAUCGUCUGCAGUCGUUGUUAAAUCCGAAUGACAGACAAGAUGUCGUGCUUGGCUACAAUCUUAUGAAGGAAAUCUGGUCCCUGCCUCCUGCCAAAGCGACUGCCAGCCCAGAUUUUGCGCGUGCUCGAGAAGCUCUCCGACUUUACGGUCAAUUUGCUUAUCAUUUAAUCCUGCCUUACAUCUGCGUCGACUUAAAUCUGGAUGAGCAGCUUUCACAUCUAAGCACAGCCGCUCACCUUGCAUUUUAUCUCUAUACUGACGGAUCCGCCAAAACGAGGUUCAUGCCAAACCAAUCCUUUGUCGACAUCAUGAUCAUGGUGAAAAACACAUACUUCUGUGUCGCAAAGUGUAAAGUUGACGAUCCGAAGGGGGGUUUACGCCUAUUCCAGUUGGGGACUGAUCGUCUAGAGGGAUUCUUUGGGCUUAUUAGAACGGCGAUUGGAACUGAUACAAAUGUCGACAUCAUGCAACUUGGAAGCCGUGCAUCUGGGUUAGUUGAGGUUGCAGCAAUACUGGCGCUACACCCUGAAUGGGACCAAUCACCUCGGCGUCUGGGACUCCCAACGAUUACAAAGGACACUACAAUGGAAAUUAACUCAAAGUUCGACCACAUCAAUCCAGCCAGUUGGCAUGGAUCUGCCAGUGUGGAAAGCAUCAACAUGCACACGGCAUGGAUACUUGGGGAGCGUGCUGCAAUCAAAUUAAUACCAGAAGCAGAACAGGUUUUUGAUGAUGCGGUGCAGCGAAACCUUACCAUGCUUUCUCCCUUCGGGACUCUCCUCGUUAACCAACGUGAUGAGGAGGAGGACGAUUUCGACUGCUCAGAGCUCUCUGCACAAUACCCGAGCAAUGCCAAUACCUGUGAGCAGGAAGCUUCUGAACGUGUAUCACACAGGACACACACCUUAGACGGUGAUUUAGAGGAUACGAUUGCUGAGGAGUUGCCGCAUGGAUCUAUUUCUUCAGAGAUACAGAUUAACGGUCGUAAAACCACAAAGCCUCAAGCAUUAUGA